AUGUCCAACCCGUUUCCCAUCGACAAUCUCCCCUACGGCGUCAUCUCGACCAGCGACGACCCAACCCCGCGCUGUGCAACAGCUCUAGACAACGACGCUAUCGACCUGAGCGCUCUCGAGAGAGAUGGGUAUUUUAAGACUGUUCCCGGGUUCGAAACAGCGGUGUUCUCUCAGCCCACGCUGAAUACCUUCGCCGCCCUUCCCAAGUCUACCCACCGUCAAGUCAGGGCUCUCCUAACAGAGCAUCUCGUGGACGUAAACACGCGCUCAAAAUAUGCCACUCCCCUCGAAAAAGUUACAAACCACUAUCCAAUGGAAACGAAGAAUUUCUCUGACUUCUAUUGUUCCCUGGAACAUACCCAAAACUGCAGCAUGAUCAUGAAUGCCCCCAUAAGUCCAAAUUGGUACGUCAUUCCGAGUGUCUACAACGGCCGCACCUCGUCCCUCCGCGUCAGCGGGACCCCCGUCGUGCGUCCAAACGGCGUCUUCGCAAGCAAUCCUUCGGAGGAGCCGAAAUUCCAGCCCGCGCGCCUUUUCGACUUUGAACUAGAAGUCGGCGUGUUUCUCUCUCGUCCCUUCCCACCCGGCGAAAUUCUCGAUAUUAGCAACACACCGGACUAUAUCUUCGGUCUUGUGAUUCUGAACGACUGGUCUGCGAGAGAUAUUCAAGGGUAUGAAAUGCCGCCUCUUGGCCCGUUCCAUGGUAAGGGCACGGCGACGACGAUCUCUCCGUGGAUCGUCACUACCGAGGCGCUAGAGGGGUGUCUGUCAGGGAGUGCGAAGGUGCAGAGCCCGGCGCCGUUAACGCAUUUGGCGUGGAAAGGGAAGAAGGAGGAGGAGACGUGGGAUGUUGAGUUGGAGGCUAGGGUUGUCAGGAACGGCCAAUCUUACGUCGUAACCGAAACGAAUCUUAAAGAGCUCUACUGGACGCCCUACCAGUCCCUCGCUCAUCUCACCAGCGCGGGAGAGGGUCUCAGCACAGGUGAUAUUUUCGGUACUGGGACCGUAACGAGCGCGCGAACAAACAGCAACGGUGAAAAUAUCGGCAUAGCAUGCCUCUUGGAGCGCAACUUGCCGCAUAAUAAACUUGCUAGCCUCGCUGCAGCGGGGAUCGUUUUUCUAGAAGAUGGAGAUGAGGUCAUUAUGGAGGGCUGGUGCAUCAAUCGGCAGACGGGGCGGAAAUUUGGUUUCGGAGAGUGUAAGGGGGUUGUUCUUCCUGCCCUAAAGGUGUGAUUAGAGUAUCACAGUCUUUCGGCCCCCGAGAGCACAUGAGGAUUGGAAGACUCAAUGAGACUCAGCUACCUGCUCUCAAGGACCUGGGAAUAUGUGCAGAUGACUCUAAUAUAGCUAGCAGCGUUUUUAUUGAAAUAUUCCCUGCACAC